AUCAUUACUGUUCUGCUAGGCGAGAAGGGCCGAGUUUUACCGAGCUCUGCCGCACACUAGUUUUAUUUGCUGUUAGCAGCCGCCAUAUUACCUGGGAACUUGGAGUAGUUUUGAUACAGAUAACUAAUAGUUUUUCCUCUUUGCUGGCGGUUUUAAUUAUAGUUAUAUGUAACAGUCAAUCGCAAAUGGCCUGCCUGAACACUCUGAAGCAAGAAAUCAAGACAUUAGAAGCAGUAUUUCCCAAAACUCACGACCGUUUCCAGAUCGUCUCUGCAAGUGUAGAUGAAUUAAAUUGUAAAUUCGUAGGAAGCAAUGGAAAGAAAUAUGAAAUUCAUGCAAACAUAACAGAAACUUAUCCAUCUACUCCUCCAGUAUGGUUUGCCGAUUCCGAAGAUUCAAGUGUUACAAAUGCCGUUCAAAUAUUAAGUAAUACUUCUGGAAGAGACAACCAUGUUAUUAAUCAAGUGGGAAUUUUACUGAAAGAAUUGUGUCGCCUUCACAGUGUUCCUGAGCCAGAAGAGCUUGAAAGGCUUGCUCUAGGUAUUUGGUCAUGUGGUGUGCCGAUGGAUGCUCCACCAACUCCACCUCAUCAUGAUGAUGAUGAGGACGACGAUGAUGAAAAUGACGACGAAGAGGAUCUUCACCUAGAAAUGGAAGAUCCUGAACCUACCAAUAAGAACAAGGGCGACGAUAUGGGGGUCGAACAUCUUGCAGUUCUUGAAAGGUUGCGGCAGUCGCAGAGGCAAGACCAUUUGAAAGGUUCUGUGUCUGGAUCUGUACAGGCGACAGAUCGACUCAUGAAAGAGUUGAGAGACAUAUACAGAUCAGAUUCUUUCAAAAAAGGUAUGUAUAGUAUUGAUCUUGUUAGUGAAUCACUGUACGAGUGGAAUGUGAGGUUAAUGAGCGUGGAUCCCGAUUCACCCCUUCAUAGUGAUCUUAUAGAGAUGAAAGAGAAAGAAGGGAAGGAUUCCAUUCUGCUCAACAUGCUCUUUAAAGAAACUUACCCAUUUGAGCCACCGUUUGUCCGCGUUGUUCAUCCUAUCAUUUCUGGUGGUUAUGUUCUCGUGGGAGGUGCCAUAUGUAUGGAACUAUUGACAAAACAGGGCUGGAGCUCAGCAUACACGGUAGAAGCUGUUAUAAUGCAAAUAGCUGCUACGCUCGUCAAAGGAAAAGCUAGGAUACAGUUUGGGACCCCUAAGGUCGUCGGCCAGGGACAGUACAGUCUCGCCAGAGCACAGCAGUCUUUCAAAUCACUUGUUCAAAUCCACGAAAAAAAUGGUUGGUUUACCCCUCCGAAGGAAGAUGGCUAAUCUCCCAUUAUGCCUAUUAUUUAAUUAUUCAAAAUGUGAAAGGAUUGAAAAGUGAAAGCUGCUAAGUGAUUAGUGUUCUAGAUAUUGGAUAUUUUUUUAAAAAGAAACCCCUGUAUAUUCUGUUCCCUUUAAGCUAUUCGCAGCCAAUCUAACUUCUAUAUAUAUAUUUAUAUAUAUAGUUUUGAUUUGUUCUAUAAGACUGUAAUUUACCUAAUGAUAUACAGAUUUAGUGGAGAACGUGUUAUAUUAUUUUAGAAUUUUUUUGUAAUACUUGUUUAUAAUGCAAUUAUUUCUUUAGUAGCAGUGGUUAGUUGAAAUUCUUUCAUGCUCUAUAGCUCUUGUGUAUUUAGAUUAAAAAAAAAAAAAAAUUCUAUAUCACAUCCCCGAUUUUUUCCUCAUAUUAAUGAAUGCAUUAGUUAUACUGAAAUUUGUUAACAACAGCUGGUCGGCUGUUAUAAUUUUAAAAUAGCAAGUUAUGAAUUUCAAAUUUUGAUUGUCCAUAGUAAGGCCUUACACAUUCAUUUCUUUAUUAGUGCAAUAUUAUUAUGUUUUUGUUUUCCUUUUUUCUCUAUUUCUUAUGUAAAAGAUGGAGCUAUGUUUUCCUUAGGCACGGGUUUUUCCGCUGCUGCAGGACUGAUAAUCCCCGAUGAUAAAUGAGAGAGAAUGCAGAACAUGUAUCGAUGUGGGGUGGGUUUAGGUGAAAGAAUAAUUACGAGGCAGUCUUCUAUCAAAUUCUUUUUCUCAGAUUUUUUUUUUUUUUUUACAUCAUAAUUAAUGGUGCCUAACUCUUAUUUAAUUUUGAUUAUUUGAAUUUCAAAACAGGAUAUUUUUUUUAAUCCAUUUUUUAAAUGGAAAAUUAUGAAAUACUUACUUGAAAAUCUUACUUAAUUCAAUAUAGUUGUAGUAAUUAAAAAAAAAAUUGGCAGUAUACUACCUGGAAACCUACACCGGUUAUCGGCAAUGUACUGUAAAUAAUUCUAUGAUAGGAUUGUUAGUUUUUUAUUAGCUAGUUAUCAAAGUGUGAUAUUAAAUAAUUUGUGAUUGAUUUUGUGAAUAUUGAAUUAACAAAAUUUAUCGGUUUUGUUGAUGCAAGUUGAUGUUCGAACAUCAACUCAAUCCAGUUGCUCUUUGAUUCGAAAACAAAUUUAAUAAUAUAAGAGAUUCCCCUCAACAGGUAGAAAUAAAUUGCUUUGCGAAAAUGCAGACAUAUGUUGCAAAUCGGCGUCAUUCUCUGCAGCGGAAAAAUAAUAAUUAUUGAAUGGAAGGAACAUUUGAAAAAAGCAAUUGAUUUAAUUGCAAUUAAUAAGUUUUGUAAGUAAUUUAAUAGUGUCACUCACAAUUAAAAAAUAUUAAUGUAUAGUUUGAAUUUUGUAUUUAUUUUAUUAAUUGACUUGUUUUAUUUAUAAUUCGUAAGAAAGAAAAUUGAUAGCUGUUCGAAUUUGAAACUUGUGAAUGUGUAGGGUGUUGCCUCUAUUAAUUUUACCAAAUCUGUUCUAAUAAAUUUAUCAAAUACCGAACAAAGUUUUGUUUUAAUCAUUACAUUACUAUAUAGCUUCUGAAAGUAUCAUUUGUAAUGAAUAAGGUUCCUGUAGCUACUUUUUAGUUUAUUGUGUAUUCGUACAUUUUUAAUUAGUAAUUUAGUUAUUAAAUAAAUGUGUUGUACAAACCACCUUCUUUGUGGUAAAGUGUAUAAUAACGUUUUAUGUUUUUAAAAUUGCUUUCUCAUAUGUCUCUGUACCAUGGAAUGCCUGUAAAAAUAAUUUUAAAAAUAUAUAUAAUAAUAAUAGGAAACUGUUAAAAAAAAAAAAAAAAAUCAUUAGAAACAGGAUUAUAUUAGAGUGUUGAAAGUAUGCCUUGUUUGUCAGAAACUGUUUUGAUAAUGAUUCCUUUGCUUAUAGUUACCGUCAUGAUAUUGGGAUUUAUUACACUUCAGCGAUAUAAGACAUUCCAGAUACAAUGCAAAAGUUGUGGGCUAUGUAUAUAUUUUAAACCUUUUUUACCACAACUUUUAUUCACUCCAUUUAUAACACAUUGUUUAAAUGUAAAGAAAAAAAAAGUAAAAAAACAAAAAACAAAUGAUGCAAAAAGAGAAUUUUAAAGUGAGAAAAAUUGUUAUAUGUACAUAUAUUGGUCGAUGUGUGCAGUGAUCACUAACUAAUGUAAUAAAAUAUUUGUAAAAAUUGUAGCUUCUUGAUGAAAUCCCUUUAUACUUGUAAGUAUGAAUCUUUAUAUUAUGUCAAAAGCUUGCUGGUCAACGACAUAUUAACUUAAAAUAAACAGUAAUUAAUACUGGAUAAAAUACAUUAUCG